AUGACCAUUGAAAUAAUGGAAGGUCGUGGGGUUGGCAAGGACAAGGAUCAUAUCUAUCUGCAACUUCAUCAUAUUCCUGCAAAAGAUUUGCAUGCAAAAUUACCAGGCAUUAUGGAGACAGCGAUGAUAUUUGCGGGCGUAGAUGCUGCAAAAGAGCCAAUACCUGUUCUACCAACGUUGGUGCCAGGACUGUACGCCUGUGGAGAGACAGCAGCACAUUCGGUGCAUGGCGCAAAUCGUCUUGGAGCAAAUUCGUUACUCGAUCUUGUUGUAUUUGGACGUGCAUGUGCUAUUGAUAUCCUGGAAAAAGCGAAGAAAUCGGAUGAAAAGAUUCCGGAUUUACCGAAAGGAGCUGGCGAAUCAACGAUUGCAAAUGUGGAUAGAAUGCGCUUUGCAAAGGGCGACAUCCCCACUGCUGCUCUUCGGCUGAAAAUGCAAAAAACAAUGCAACAGCAUGCUGCUGUAUUCCGACGUGGUGACAUCUUACAGGAAGGAAUCAAGAAGAUGGAGUCUCUUUUCAAUGAGCAAAAGCACCUGAAGACAACGGAUCGUGGUCUUGUCUGGAAUUCAGAUCUUGUCGAGACACUUGAGCUACAGAACCUGAUGUUAAAUGCUAUGCAGACAAUUGUUGCUGCUGAGGCUCGGGAAGAGUCUCGAGGGGCACAUGCUCGAGAUGAUUUCCCGACACGAAUCGACGAGUUGGAUUACUCGAAGCCACUGGAAGGCCAAACGAAGAAACCGUUCGAAAAACAUUGGCGUAAGCAUACCAUAAUUGAACAGAAUACUGAUAGUGGAAAGGUUACGUUAAGCUACAGACCAGUAAUUGAUCAGACAUUGGACAAAAGCGAAACCGACUGGGUACAACCAAUGGUUCGAUCUUACUGA